AAAGGUAAUGAAAUCAAGAUAAAUGACUGCUAGUUUGAUUUUUUUAUAGCAAAGAAUAACUGAAAAAAACCGUAAGGACAACUUGUUGUUGGCCACACAGGUCCGCUGUGCAAAAAAGGUUGUGUACCACGGCUUUAACAUACCGAAUGAUUUACGGUCUUUAUUCAAGCAUCGUUUCCGGUUAUAGCAAAAUUACAAUCUAUUAAAAUAUAUUGACGUUUACAAAAAUGACACUAACCUCCGUUAAUGAAGUACGUAAUAAUCACACCACAGAUUUAUGGACAUAUAUGUUGAGUAUUAGCAGUAAGAAUGACUCUCAUCCAGUCAUUUAAAUUAGAGCGAGCAGAGGUGUGAUUUAUUUUGAAAUUCAUCUUGAAUGCGAGUAGUUUCGUUCCUACUGUCAACUUAACUUAUUGAGGCUGGGUCACGCUCCGUAGCAACCGGUUUGCUUGUUUUGUGCAUCGGAACAUUUGUUGGUUUGAUAUGGAGGCGCCUGGCGAAGAAGCCCACGUUGGGCGCCUAGCGGGCACCAAAUAACUCCAGCAUUGUGAGAGGCUGCAAUCGACCGGAUGUCAGAGACAGAUCCAUGGGCCAGAAGAAUCAUGCGGAAGCAGGAGCUGGCUGCUUCCUUGACCUGCAGCUCGAGUAUCUCCAUGUAGCAGGGCCUGACUGGCAGGCUGGCAGCGCCGACGGGCUCCCUGCCAUGGACCAGCAGGGGGAGAGUGACACCAGCACCAACGUGACCCCCCUUGCUACCGUGGCAGAGGAAGGUGCUUGUUCCGACAUUGAAGGCAAGCCACAAGCUUCUCCCACUGCCACACCUACUGGUGACAUCAACAUAAACAUAGAAGAUAGCUGCUCAAUUCACAGCAAGAGCUCUCACCAGCCGCUCUGUCGAACCCAGUGUGUGGAUUUGGGGACUGAAGGACCACCCGAGUCGCUAGUCGAACUUUCGUCAGUGGUCCAACAAGACAUCCCUGCCCUGUUCCAACACCCACCAGUAUCUCAGACAAACCUCUCCAAAUCCGAUCAGACAUCCACUGUUAUCGACAAGCAGUAUCAGGCCAAACUUGAUUUUGCACUCAAGCUGGGCUACUCUGAGGAGACAGUGCGGGUGGUCCUUUCCAAGCUGGGGCCACGCACUUUGAUCAACGACAUAUUGGGAGAGCUGGUCAAACGGGGCUCUUCAGAAGGCAAGCAGCCAAUCGGGUCGUCUGCCUCCACUUCAACGUCAUCGUCAUCUUGUUCCUCUUAUAGUUCCUCCGAUUUUUCGUCAGCUCCGGGAUUUGACUCACCGUGCCCGUCUGACCCAGUGUGUGACCACGAAAACCUUCGGCCCAUUGUGGUGGAUGGCAGUAAUGUAGCCAUGAGCCAUGGCAACAAGGAGGUGUUUUCCUGCCAGGGCAUCCAGCUAGCUGUUGACUGGUUUUUAGAACGGGGCCACCAUGAUGUCACAGUUUUUGUUCCCGCAUGGAGGAAGGAGCAGUCACGACCUGAUGCCCCAAUAAAAGACCAAGAGAUCUUGCGGCGACUGGAGAAGGAGAAGAUCCUCGUGUUCACUCCUUCACGCCGUGUGCAAGGUCGUCGGGUGGUCUGUUACGAUGACCGCUUCAUCGUCAAGCUAGCUUACGAGUCGGACGGCAUCAUCGUCUCCAACGAUAACUACAGAGACCUCUCCAAUGAGAAACCGGAAUGGAAGAAGUUCAUUGAUGAGCGACUACUCAUGUACUCCUUUGUCAAUGACAAAUUCAUGCCACCAGACGACCCACUCGGCCGACAUGGCCCCAGCUUGGACAACUUCUUGAGGAAAAGACCUGUGGUGCCUGAACAGAAGAAACAGCCUUGUCCAUAUGGAAAGAAGUGCACUUACGGCCACAAGUGUAAGUACUACCACCCAGAGAGAGGCGCUCAGCCGCAACGCGCCGUGGCUGAUGAGCUGCGGGCCAGUGCGAAAACUUGCAAUACCACCAAGAACCAGGUCGACGCCGGGCUGGUGAAGAGCCACAGUGUGCCGGGUGGCAACAUCGAGGCAAAGAAAGGUGUGGCAAAGCGUCAGUCUGACCCUGGUGGCCGAGCUCUCUCGUACAGCGAUGCAGAGGAGAAGCUGGCAGCAAACGAUAUGAGAGAAAGCCAGGGGGCCGCCGUGUCUGGUGCAGUCAGUAAUUGCAGAGGAAUGGCAAGCAUGCCUGUAGCUUCAGGAGUCCAGCCUUCCCUCCCUCAUCAGGACCAACAUUCCCAAGCAGGCACGCAUCAGUGUGUUCCACCAGCCUUCUGUCACGACCUCUUUCCUCACUGUGAGUCCCCAGACUUGGGCUACUACUCAGUGGCACACGCCUACAGCAACCUGCGCAUCUCAUCCAGGCAGAGCCCAGACGGUCGCUUCCCGCACGACGGCGACCUGCGGCUUGGCUCUAUGGGAUCAGCCGGCUCCGAAUGUGGCAGUGAAAGCAGCACAAGUUGUGGUAGCAGCUGCGACUCGUACAGCGAUCGGUCCUGUCACGCUUGCCAGGAUAGCUUGCUUGAUGACAUUGGCCAUUACCCGAACCACCACAGUCGACCAUAUUUUCACCAGGCUGCAGGAAGUCAUGAACUGUGCAACUUACAUGUGGUCGAUUACACAAAUGUUGCACACAGUAAAGUGACGAACUCGGGAGCACACAGCUACGAUGCAAGCUCAGCACUAGGGCAAAACUGGGAUCAGGCUCCCGACACAAAACGGCCUCUCUACCCAUUAACCCUUCAUUUCCAGCACCCACCACUUGCUACACGUUCUAGCUGCCCACCCGACUACCACGCGUCUGCUGCAUCUAAUACUCCAGACUCUCCAAUUGGCCGCUGUGUGGCUCCUAUCAGAGCAGAGAGCGCAUCAGAAUCUCGUCUUUAUGAGCAUCGCUACAUAUCUCAACAUCACCACCUAAUGAAAGCUUUGCCCACCUGGGCACACUAUAGGGAGUCGCCAACACUUCCUCGGUACAGGCCUGAUGGCUAUCAUAGCCUGUCAGAUACAUGCCAGGCAUCGUGGCACUCACCUCAGUGGGCACAAGAUGGUUACACGCCACAUCACAUGUCUCAUCCCACUCUCCAUUCAGCUCUAUCUAACUAUUUGAGUCACCCGCUGCCGCCUCCUCAAUCUCCUCUACCAAGCCACCUUGGCCCAUCCUUAUACACAUCACAGCAGCUGUCCAAUUCUCCAGGGCUCAGUCGGUAUGGAGAUGCGAGGGAGAAAGCGUAUGCCAACCUGUGCAACAUCUUUCCCUCGGAGCUAGUGAGUCGGGUGAUGGCGAGGAGUCCCCAUGUCACGGACCCACAGCAGCUUGCGGCUGCCAUCCUGGCGGAGAAAGCUCAGAUGGGCUACUGAAGCAACUGUAUCAGCGCAUAAUUUUAAGGGAAUCCAGAAUACUUGGCCAUCAGUGAAAGACUGACACCUGAUAAGAUCUAGUGUGAUGACCAAACGAGUGAACAAUGUUGAUUGUGUGAAAGUAUCACUAUUUAAUCUACCUGGAGGCAGCCAAUUGUUUGGCAGUUACAUAAACACUGCAUACUCAAAUUAAGAUGUGUGUUGACAGUUAUCUUGUUAAUGACAAAGGCUUUGGGCCACAUGUAGUUAUGCAAAUGGUCGAUCCUUUGGCGUGUACCUUAGUUUUAGUAAGGGACAUCUUUCUCAUUAUGUGCGCUCUUUCUCUCUCUGUCCAUUUAUGUAUGUGUAUAAUGUAUAUGUGCGUGCGUGUGCAUGGGUGUGUGUAUGCAUAUAUAUAUAUAUGCAUACACACACGUAUAUAAAUACACAUUAUUAAUAUACUGUAUAUCUCCAUGUCGUGAAAAAGUAUUUGCUCCCUUCUCAAAUUGUUUUGGUUUCUUUAUAUAAGUCCAUCCAUCCAUCCAUCCAUCCAUCCAUCCAUCCAUCC